ACGACAUAACUUUCUGAUGACACCGCUUGCAACAAAAACACGUGUUUUCUGUCAAAAAAAUAAACAAUGCAGAUUCACAGGUCAGGUCCUUUGAAACAACAAAAUAAAGCACACAAACAUGGGAAACACAGGAGUAAAGGUCAAAGAGAGGAAGGAGGUAGAGUGAAUGUUAAAGUUUUGUCAAAGAAAGCAGUAACUGUUCAGAGGAAAAAUGAUAGAAAACAUCAGGCUGUACAGUUAAGGAAGAAGAAGAGAGAUGAGGCUAUUUCUAGAAAACGUAAUGUUGGUGUGUCUGGUACUCCUCCACAUUGCUGUUUGGUUGUUCCCCUACAUGCUGAGGUGUCAACAUCAAACAUUGUAGAGAAGAUCUCAUCUUGUACAGAAUCAGUUGCAACAUCUAAAACAGAAUCAGGAAUAACACAUGUUAGUGUCCAGAGAUUUAAGCAGCGUGUAGAGUUUGUCACAGUUAAACAUGGAGACUUAUACAGUAUAUUAGACGUGGCCAAGAUGGCUGAUUCUAUCAUGUUUGUCAUGUCACCAGACUCGGGACUCGAUAGAUUUGGAGAGAGUUGUAUAUCCUGUUUGAUGGGUCAGGGUUUACCUAGUGUUACACUAGUUGUACAGGGUUUGAAAGAUUUACCCCCAAAGAAACAGAAAGAAGUAAAAAAGUUCCUGCAAAAAACUGUUGAAAAAUGGUUUCCAGAUGAUAAGUUACAUACACUAGACUCAGAACAAGAUUGUAUGCUAGUUUUACGUCAUGUGACCUCACAGAAAUUGAGAAAUAUUCACUACAGAGAAAAUAGACCACAUCUAUUAUCCGAACAUAUCCAGUUUGAAUUGAAUCAAGAUUCAGAAACAGAGGGCACUUUGAAGUUGACUGGUUAUGUUAGAGGUCAGUCAAUGUCUGUAAAUAGACUGGUACACAUAAGUGGACUGGGUGACUUCCAGUUGUCACAGAUAGAUGUGCUAGAUGAUCCCCACCCACUGACAAAAUCAGAUAAACACAAACACAAGGCUGGUGAUUCACAGGAUUAUGAGAUGAUGGAAGAACCAGAGAAAGUAACAGCCAUGUCAGUACUGAAGCCAGAUACCAGUAAACUAGAGAGCCUCGAAAGCGAGGUCGUUCCUGACCCGAUGGAGGGAGAACAAACCUGGCCAACUGAGGAAGAACUUGCUGAGGCUGAAGGGAAACAGGAAAAGGUGACAAGGCGGGUACCAAAAGGAACUUCUGAUUAUCAGGCCUUCUGGAUUGUAGACGAUGAAGAUGAGGAGGGUCCUGCAGAUGAUGAUGAUGAUGAUGAUAAUGAUGCAGAGAUGGCAGCCAUUGAUGAUGAUGAUGAUGAUGUUGAUGAUGAUGAUGAUGAGAGUGUAAUUUUAUCAGAAAGUGAGGAGGAAUAUGAAGAUGUUACUGUAGGAGAAGAUAAAGACCAGAAAUAUGAUGAGCAGAUGGACUUGGCAGAAGAACAGUCUGUAUUUGCCAAAUUAAAGCAGGAGAGACAACAUGUUAUGUUCCCAGAUGAAAUAGAUACACCACAAGAUCUUCCUGCACGUACACGAUUUCAGAAAUAUCGUGGAUUGAAAAGUUUUCGUUCAUCACCAUGGGAUGCAAAAGAGAACCUGCCGUUUGACUAUGCUAAAAUUUUCCAGUUUAAUAAUUUUAAAAGAAUGACAAGAAAGAUUUUGUACAAUGAUAUUGAAGAAGAGGAACUUGAUAAUAGUGUCUUGGCAUGGACAUAUGUGAGGUUACAUAUAGCAAAUGUUCCUAAAUCAUUCAUGGACAAACAUGAGACUGGUGCACCAGUUGUUGUAUUUGGUUUGUUACCACAUGAGCAGAAAAUGUCUGUCAUUAAUUUAGUUCUACGCAAGUCACAUGACCUGUGUCGACCAAUCAAAUCAAAGGAUAAACUUAUCUUCCACAUUGGUUGCAGACGAUUUACAGCCAAUCCAAUUUUCUCUCAACAUACAAAUGGCAACAAACACAAAUUUGAGAGGUUUAUGCCCCAGGACACAGCUGUUGUUGCUACAUUAUUUGCACCAAUCUCCUUCCCUCCAGCACCAGUACUUGUCUUCCAAGAUAGACCAUUUGGUGAGAUAGAAUUGGUUGCUAAGGGAUCUUUAUUAUCAGUAGACCCAGACAGAACUGUUGUUAAACGUGCUGUACUUAGUGGACAUCCUCUAAAGAUUCACAAGAAAUCUUGUGUAGUCAGAUAUAUGUUCUUUAAUAGAGAGGAUAUAAACUGGUUUAAACCAGUAGAAUUACACACAAAAUGGGGAAGAAGAGGUCAUAUUAAGGAACCAUUAGGAACACAUGGACAUAUGAAGUGUGUUUUUGACGGACAGCUAAAGUCACAAGACACUAUUUUAAUGAACCUGUACAAGAGAGUGUUUCCAAAAUGGACAUACAGUCCUGUAGUGAACAGACCUACAAGUAUAGCGAGGUCAUCUAACUAUGUUUCCAUGGAAACCAUAGACGAGGAAGAUGAAGAAAAAGAAGGAGCAGCAUUUGCCAUGUUUGAUUAGAUAUCUGAAUAUCUUAUUGAAGACAUUUUGUUGAAAUUCCUAAUUAAUGCAAGCCUUCUCUUUUGUUUACCGGAGAUUUGUUUAAUAGAUUUUUGUUAUUGAAAUAUCUGGAACUUUUAUUUCACAAGAAGAAAACAAAUAUGAGAAAAAUUAAAUCUAUAAUGAG